AUCGUGUUAAAGAGUUGUCAAUAUUUGUUAGGAUUAGAAGAAAAAUUAUUAAAAUAAAAUGAACAUUAUUUUGAUAAAUUAAGAUAUAGACCAUGAUUAUAUCUUGUGAUACAUUAAGAGAAACUACACGAGCCAUUUACCUUUUAUUCCCCAAUUUUGAAAGAAAAAUGGGAGAUCUUAAGAAAAUUUACCUAAUGAUCCAAAAUAAUGUUUUAGAAAAUGAUAUAAGAGAAGCAAUUAUUACAUUUAAUCAUCAUUAUGAAAGAGUCAAGGAUUUAAAAGGUUUCCAAAAUUUUACUAUCAGUGUUAUUAGCACAUUGGCUCAUAAACUUCAAUCUGAAUUAGUAAUAACAGAAAAAAAACAAUUACGAUCUGUAAAUGUUAAUGAUGUGAUUGAACUCUCUGAUUGUUGCUUUAAAAUACUAAUUGAAUCCGAUAUAAAACCAUGGCAAAAUAGUUUAUAUGUAAUUGUGAGAUAUCUGUUAUCAAAAAAUUGUAUUACAGAAGCUGUUUAUUUUAGUAACUAUAUUUUGAAACAUACAUUACCUCCAUGUGAAAUAAUUAAACUUCUUGUACAACUUUUAACACACGAUAUUUAUAAAAGAUGUCCAAUUGAUGAUGAUUUGAAGAAAUUAAAUAUUUUACUUAUGUGGGAAACAGUUCUAAAUUUAGUAAAAUAUCAUACAGGAAAGGAAAUGGAAUAUGCAUUACAUUCACUAUCAUCGCUAGUUAAAAAUGUAAAUGGACCUGUUAAGCAUGAAGGACGUACAAUAGAUUUGGUCCUCUUAGAAAUGACUAUAGAAACUGUUUUAUCUUCUAGUGUUUUCAGAAAAACUAGCAAUCAUGAUAAUAUGAUGAAUUUAUAUUCUUUAUUAAUUGAAAGUAUUACUGCAGUUAUGCAUAACAUGAUGAAGAAUAAACAAAUACAAGUUCAUUUUUUGAUAAAACAUGUUGAACUAAUGAUUGAUGUUUGUUGUUUAAAUAAAACUGAAAAGGAAUCACUUAAUUUUUUAAUAUUAUUAUUUAAAUUAAUUCAUAGUUCAGUUAAAAAUGGUCUUGAUGUUAAUAUUGAACUUAGAAAAAUUAGCACUUUUAUUCAAAAACACAACCCUGAAUCAAUUUCACCUCAUUCAUUGCUUUAUUAUGUUUUUAAAGCUGCUGUCACUACAGUAGCAAAGUUGAAGAAUUUAUGGUAUGACGAACUCAUGAGUCAUUCUCGCGAAGCAACUUCUCAAAUGUUUCAGUUAAUUCAAAAUUUAAUAUUAUUUAGUAAAAAUAAUCCAUUCUGUAAAACUUGCUGUAAAAGCGAAAAAUGUAAUUUAAAUGUAGAUGUUACAUCUUUAAUGAGCUUGAUAAAUAUCGUCUUUAUUAUAAUAAGGCACACUGUACCUGUAAAUCCUACUUAUUUAUGUUCAGAAGAAAUUGAAAUGUUUAUGGAAAUAUUUUUUUCGUUGUACACAAGUGUUGAUAAAUCAAAAUGUUCAAAUAAAAUAUCAUUCAAAGAAUUUUCAUUAACAAGUGCUUAUAACCUUUGUAUUAAUUUAGAAUCUGGUGAAUUUUUUAAAACAUUUUUGAAUUUUUUGUAUAAAUUAAAUUUUAUGCUUGAUGAUAACGAUAUUGAUGCAAAACUUGUUGCUCGAAUUACUGUACUAUUGAGCCGUUAUUUGUACACUGAUAACAAAUUUGAAGAUGCAUUAAAAUGUACUGCGUAUUCUUGUAUUCGCACAAAAUCUGAAAUUGCUGCUCAACAAUGGGUACAUCUUAAGUGUAAAGAAGAAAAAAAUGGCCGAAUUGUCAAACAUACUAUUUUAAAAAUGGUAGAAAAAGAUAUAGAGAAAAGUAUAAAAUGGCCAUCUCUUAAGCUAGAGAAAACUGAUGAUAUAGACAUUAUGUGGUUAGAACUGAAAGCACAUAAUAACCGUAGUCGAAUUAAACAAGACAUUUCUACAGUACUCGAAUUGUUUGAAAGCUUAUUAAGUCAUAAGUUAUCUACUGAAUUCAAAUGUCGUAUUAUCAUUGCUACAGCAUACAUUAUACUCCAUUCGGAUAAUGUUAAAGGUUUAGAAAGAGUAAUUGAAGUCAUAGAUGACGUUACUCAUACAUUAGAAGUGGAUUCUGCAAUGAAUACCAAUAAUAUGUCAUUGGUUAUAGGAAAUAUGUACUAUGCUCAAUUUAUGUGUUCAUUAAAACAUCUCCAGAAUCUUGUAUGUAAAGAAUUGGAUUCAUAUAUUGAAGAAAGACAAGAACCAGGAAUAGAACAACAAAGUAGCUUGUAUUAUCAGCCUAUGUCUUGGAUAGUACCAUUAAAGAUACAGCCUAAGUUAUUUAAUUAUUUAAAUUUAGCCUUAAAACAUUGGUCCAAUAUAAAAAAUUUUGUAAUACAAGAUGAGUACGACCUUCAAACACUUUUUAUAAGUCUUCGAGAAACUGGUUAUAUUUAUAAACUACAUUGUGAUUCAAAAGAAGUAGAAGUUUGGAAAUUAUUACACAACAUCGCACUUAUGAAAAAGUGCGAUAAAUAUAUAUUUAUAGCACUAUUAGAGCAAGUAAAAAUUGGUUUAAUAGAUAUUAAAGAACUUGAAAUAGUUGCAAAUAAACUUCCAAAAAUGAAUAUCGAAUACAAGUUGACUUUGAUAAUUUCAUUUUUAAAUUUUUCCAAUUUUAAUGAAGCUAAAAUUUUGUUGGAUAGUAUAAAUAUUGAUGAUUUUAAUAAUGAUAUUAUACUAACAGCUGAAUAUUACUACAUAAAAAGUCGUUAUCAUUUUGAGUCAUUGAAAUUUGAUCCUAGUAAAACACUAUCAGUUUUUAUUGAUGCUUACAAUAUAUCACAUAAUCUCAUUAAAAGAUUAGAUUCAUUUAGUGAUUAUUUGGUUAUGCAUUUUAUAUUAUUGAACAUUUGCUCUUAUUUAAAUUUAAUAUAUGUUAAUACAUUUAAACCUGUUGAAGCACGAUGCUUUUUAAAAGUUCAAAUGAAUAUUGUUCUAAAAUCUGUCUUAACUAAAAGAGCACUACAUGUUUUUUCUAUGAACUGUUGGAAUGAAUUAGUAAGUUGUAACUUUGAAAACUUUAAUGGUCAAUUAGAACAUUUGAUGACUCUAUUAGAUUUCAAAGAAGAUGAUGUAGACUUAAAAAUGCAAAAAUUAACUAUUCAUGAUUCUCCAUGUACAAUAUCAUCUCCGUUAUCAGAUUAUAGAUGUGUACCAAAUCCUAGGCCAAAUAGAAUAGCUUCUCCUUCAUUAAAAAGAUUAAAUGAUAGUAACUUUCAAAUGAGCUUAAUGGAUUUUUGUAAUGACACUUUAGAAAGCAACAAAUCACAUGACCCAACAAUAGCUUACUCGGUUAUUGAACUUUGUAUUCUUAAAGCAGUUUAUUGUUCAAAAACAAGUCAAAAAAAUAUGGCAGAAAAUUAUUUUAAACUAAUUUUUAAAUUAAUAUCCUUUUUCACACCAAAAUUUAAUAAAAAUGAAGUAUACAAUAUUUUGAAAAAUAGACAAGUUGUUACAGCUAAAUAUUAUUUUGCUGAACAUCUGAUUCGUCAUGGUAAUAAAAAUCAGUCUCUUAACUAUCUGCAGAAAGCUAAAAAAAACUACAUUGAUCCAUGGAUAUCUUUAAGUGCUGGAGAACUAGAUAUUUCAUUUAAGAUGGAUACAAUUUUAAGUUAUUGUGAGCCAAAAGUUAGUCAUUCGCCAAGUUCUGAAAUGAAACUACUAAAAGAAUUUAAGACACCUGCAGCUACGAAAUCACGAAUAAAGUCAACACCAACUGUAAGACGACUUAAAAUGGAACUAGAAAGCCCAUCCAAAACAAAUCUUAAAAUAAACAAAGAAAACUCUGAAUUCAAAACCCCAGCUAUAACAAAAGUACCAAUAAAAUCCACACCAGCAGUUCGGAGGAUAAAAAUGACAUUAGAAAGUCCAUCAUUAUUAACUAAAAAAGAAAAUUCAAUUAAAUCUUCCAAUAGACAAGAUAGUAGUGUAAAAGUUAAGGAAAAAAGAAGUUCCAAAAAGAAAGAUACUGAACAAUCACUGAUAGUUAAAAAGCGUCCUGGAAGAUUGAAUAUUUAAAAAUGAUGGGGCUCAUCUCCAGUUAUUACUUUUUAUGUGGUAGAAAAUGAAUAAGUUUGUAUUAAUUUUAAAUAUCCAUUUGUAAUUGUAAAAAAAUUUAUUUAUUACCAUUUAUUUGUUUUGCAAUAUUUUAAUUGAUUUGUAUUAAUAUUUUUACUGUGAAAAUUUGUUUUAUUUUAUUAUUAAAUUUUAUUAAGUCUGAUAA